AUUGAGGCAUCACAAUUGUUUAGAAUCAUGAGUUACGUUUUCUUUACUUUGGUUCAUUUCCAUGAUGGCAUGAGUUGAGAUCAUAAUAUUUUAAAUGAUAUGAAUGUGACUAAUGAAAAUUUUAGUACGUAGCUUCACAGCAAUCUCAGAAGUUGGUUCUACAUUGCAGGAAGUUGCAUGCAACCAAGCACAAUGUCUAGCUAGGGUUUUCUAGAGAUGGGUUUGCAACGACUUCAAUCAUGAGGAAAUUGCAUCUUAUCUGGGUAACUGCAUGCAUGCACAUCGAAGUCUACAAAUACCCGGCUUGGAGUGAUGUGAUUGAAAUAGAGAUAUGGUUCCAAGGUGAGGGGAAAAUUGGAACCAGACGAGACUGGAUUCUAAACGACUUUGCAACUGGCCAGGUUAUUAGAAGAGCCACCUGGUGGAUUUAAAUUUUUGUGCUCAGGUUUUUCAUGUCAAUCAUUACUUUAUAAGAAUAGCAAGAUCAGAAAUCUAGUGAGCCAAUAGUUACUAUGGUAAACAACUGUCCAUGAUGAAAAAUUAGAGAAAUUGAAAUUAAAAGUAUACAUUGGAUCAAUUAGAUAUUUGUGAAAAAGAACAAUGAAUAGUAUACUUUUUA